CCGCCGCUCACACGCAUCGCUUCCGGGCUCGGAACCAACAUGCACACAGCCACCGGGCCGGGUCGGACCUUUUGAUCUAUCACCACCCAGCGUAGUCCGGCGCUUCACUCACUUUGCAAAACAACAACACGACCGAGGGGGUCCGCGGCGGGUCUGUGGUCCGCGGGGGGGAGACGAGCCCACUCGGCCACAUCCAGGUGACCCCUGUGAUGCAGCUAUGCAUGUUCCUGGGUGGAUUUUGACUCUAACCUUUACCUGAUGACAGAACCUUGGACUUUUCAUUUCUGUCACCACCUGCCUGGUACAGUCCCUGCACACCCUAUAGCACAGUCAGUCAUGCUGGAUGCUGCAGAGUAACAAGUAGCACUGGGUGGGACAACGAAAAGCAAGCGAGACUGAAGGGGCCGUAGUUCUUGUCGUGGUGCUGACAGAAAAGUAGAGCCACCCUGUCAGUAGGUUGGUGGCACGUGUGUCAGCCAGGCCCUGAGGAUGACCAGCCUAUUCAGACGCAGCAGCAGCAAUGGAGGCUCCAGAAGCAACGGAAGUGGGGGCGGCAGCGGACAGGGUGGGCUCAACAACAGCAGAUCCAACAGGCAGGUCCGACGCCUGGAGUUCAACCAGGCCAUGGAGGACUUCAAGACCAUGUUCCCCACUAUGGACUAUGAGGUGAUUGAGUGCGUGCUGCGCUCCAACAACGGAGCCGUGGACGCCACCAUCGACCAGCUGCUCCAGAUGAGCAUUGACGGACAGGGCUCAGAUGACAGUUCGGAUUCAGAUGACAGUAUCCCACCAGAGAUUCUGGAGCGAACACUAGAACCUGACAGUUCUGAUGAGGAACCACCUCCAGUCUACUCUCCACCAACGUAUGAUAUGCACAUUUAUGACAGGAAAUAUCCAGAGACCCCACCAACACCCCCACCAAGAUUUGAAGUCCAGCCACCUCCCGGUCACCAGCAGGUCCGAAGCUACCGGAACUGGAACCCUCCGAUGCUUGGAAACCUCCCAGAUGAUUUUCUACGUAUUUUGCCGCAGCAGUUGAACAGUAUAAAGCAGAGCUCUCAGAGCAGUGUAUCCCAGCCUUCAUCGUCAACCUCCUCAGUUUCUCCAAUAAGCCAGUGGACAGCCCAGUCCAGCUCUCGGUCCGGAGCUGCAGGGACCACCGGAGGUGCAGGAUUGACCACAGGCGGCUCCGAGCAAGACAAGAAACUGAAGCAGUACCUGGACGACGAGCGUAUCGCCCUCUUCCUCCAGAACGAGGAGUUUAUGAAAGAGCUGCAGCGCAACCGCGAGUUCCUCGUCGCCCUAGAGAGAGAUCGCUUGAAGUAUGAAUCAAAGAAAUCAAAGUCCAGUAAUUCAUCUAGCAUGGAGAGUUCCACAGGAGAACAUAACUCUGCGGCUUCAAUGGAGGCCAUCUCAGAUGACGCUCUGUUCAGAGACAAACUCAAACUCAUGGGCAAAUCAACGAGAAAGAAGCUGUUUGAAAUUGCCAGGACGUUUUCAGAGAAGACAAAGAGGAGAAAGUCAAAAAGAAGGCUCCUGAAGCACCAUUCACUGGGCACAGCCAACUCUACAGCCAAUCUCCUGGACAAUGUGGAGGGAAACCCCUGUGAGGAAGAUGGUCAACGGAGGAAGGCAAACACUCAGGAAGAGACUGAACAACGUAAUGAGCCGAUAUCAUGAUCCUCCGUGCUGCACCAUGUCAGGGUUACCAUGGAGAAAGCAACAUGACCCAUGGGUGGUGGCCUUGCAGCUCUUCCAGUCUCCACCUGCCCACCCCCACCCCCACCCAGACCAGCCAAUACAAGGCUCAGCAUUGAGUUGAGCCUCCCCCAUCUCUUCCCUUCCUUUACCCAGGGAGCAGAAAUGGGCUGUUCCCUGCACUGGGCUGACUGUCUAUAAACCUCUUAUCUUAUCUGUAUUAUAACACUUUGUUGAUAUAUAGUUUGAAAUGUAAAGGAAAAAGCAUUAGUCCUCACCAGUAUUAGUUAACGGCUUCCUUUAGUUCCUUGAGAGGAAACACACACCUUGUGAACCUUUGUUUCUUCUCCUGUUGUGUUCAGUAGCAGAAUAUUUGUCUGUGAGCGAGGUCCCUCAGGCCGGGCAUUUCAAAUCCAAAGUGUGCACAUUCCCCUUUAUAUACACUCAACCAUGUAGAGCUCUUUUUUACCAUGUUUUCUUAUCCAGAUUGUGAUAUUUUGCUGUUUCUCAACGUCAGGGGUUAUGUAACAGAAACUCUUUGCUGUCAGAAUAUUGUGGCCGCUCGUGAUGUAGCUCACCCGAUGUCAACACUCGUCCACGGCCAUGAUCCCAGUUAAAAGACGGUGCUCCUUUUAAAGAAGGACUGGUUUGGUUUGUUUGUCAAAGUGCAGACCAGUCUGUUGUAGCAGCACAGGUAAAAGCUGUGAUGAGAUAUGUGGUAAGAAGAUUAAACUUUUGAUUGGCAGACCUGGGUGUCACGCUUUCAAAUGGCAAACGGCAUGAAACUUUAAAACCAGCAAACAAGCUGGUGUCGUUUGUACCGAGAGAGGUAUUCUAAAUGGCAGAGUCAGCCCAGCCGAUGUCGUCAGAGUGGCUGUCACAUCGCUACACAACAACAACACAACUUCAAUGACAGUAAAACUGAUCAUGUUUGGUUUAAUGGCAGAGAAGCAGAAGGGACAAAUUAGAAAUGUUUACCAGUGACUCCUGCUGGUCGGUUUGGGUGCCAUCACCCCUACACGGCCCAUGGUGACCCCUGUCGCUGGCAGCAUAGCAGAAAGAGCGAUCCACAUAAAAAGUUUGAAAAUAAUAGCAAAAAAAUCUAAUACUCGUCAGAGCAAAUGCUGACGAGUGGCUACCAGAUGUCAACAUCUACCUCCUCCUACCCAUAAGCCCUUGCAUUUCCAGGGUCCUGCCCUGUUGGUUUGCUUAAUGUUUUCUCUCAUGUCACCUCCAGAGGAACUUUGCUGAUAAUCUACCAAGUUUCCACAACUCUUACAUUAAAUAGUUUUUGCAAGAAGCUGAGGAAAUCCAAGUUGACCUUCUGAGCUCUUUGCUGUAUCUCAGGUCGUCCCUGUCCUCUCCCAGCAAGUCACGUCAGAGAAUUGUGAUGGUCACGUGUGUGUUUGGGAGGAUGACACUAAAGUUGGAGACUGAAAAUGAAAAAAAAAAAAAUUGCUUUUGAAGUUUUCAUCCUCACCGUUCUGCUGUGCAUUUCAUUUGUAUGUGUAAAUGUGAAACUAGCAUGGUUUAGAGAAGUUGUAGCAGACUGAUGUAGCCUGUGUGAACAGAGGAUGUCUUGAGAGGAACAGUAAGAGUAAAUGUGUGUCGUAGAAUUGCAUUGCAAAGAUUUCUUGGGAAAGUGUCUGGAUUUCAGACAUAGACAAAUUAGAGGAUUUAACUUUCUCCCUUUUGUACAUACAAUUUUUUUUCUCUUCACUUUUGGAUUAUUUUUCUCAGUUAUGUGAACGUUCUCUUUCCCCUUUGAUUAAAAGUAUUUAACAAACUAUUUGCUGAUUCAGUGAUGAGCAAAGUUUGAAUGUUGGGCAGUGUUUUUAUGUAAGGAACCAGUCAAUGGACCAUUUCAUUGUAAAUGCAUGUUGUAGACCAUUUACUGUAAGCUCCAUUUAUGAAUACUUUUAUAUGAGCCGUGGAUCAUGAUGAUGUGAAAAUGUGGGAGCCACCGGACCAAUCACCAACACCGCAGUGCAGUUAUUGUUUCUUUGGAGCAACAGGCCGCUCGGAUAAAACACUUUCUGUGGAGCACCAAAUAGCAACUAGCUCGGUAACACAAUGGCUCAUUUUCAACCAAAAUGUCAAUUUUUUUUCUGAGGUGGAGACCAAAACUGAACAAAAAUCUAAAACUACAAAACUCUCAGAGUUAUGUGGGGAGGGGGUGUAUCUUGGUCUGGCUUAGGUUGUGGAAAACGGGACACAUGGUCAGUAGUGUCACAUUGUGUUAUCGGGUGAUCAGUCUUCAGCUUGUGUUCAAUUGUCCCUGAAAUCUGCAAAGUUCCAGAGAACAGGAGACCGCUGACAGGGGUUCGGUUUCCCAGUGAGCCCAGUAUCCGUCAUUCCACUUGAGCCGAAUCCACUGGCUGCUUCCGUCAGUCGCAUCUGAGGCCGAUCUGAUGGUCUGUUGUGGAGCCCAGCAGUGGUUUCCCAUCUCUGUCAGCAGUCUGAUGGUAGAAGAAGCCACAAAUCCUAACUGAUUAUCAUUUCUCAGUGUCGUAAGCACAGCCUCAAAUGAACCGUUGUGUUACUCUGUGUGUGCUUGUUGUGUCGGUUCUCUGUUCUGACACAUUUAUAUCAACUUCAGAAAGCGAUUUGUAAUCCAAGUUGUGUUUUAACGUCACUGCUGCCAACCAGUGGCCAAAAAGAAACAAAGUUAGCUUUAAGGAAUGGGCUGAAACGUGCAAAACCAGUGAUGUGGUCAGGGUUGACCUCUCUUAUUCAGGAAAUGGUUGUUGUUCAUAUUCUCAUGUAAUGUUUGAAGAGUGAAUUCUAAAAGCAGAAGAGAGAGACACAGUGUUGGGCUGGAGCGCGUGUGAGGGCAGCGACAUGACUGUUGUUGACCUGCUGUCCAACGCUCGCUCCUGUAGGUUAUGUUUACAGGCCGACCCACACUGGUUCCUGCUGCCUCCUGAAUUUGGCAGCACCUCCAGGUGGAUUUCACAGCGUCCCCGGAAGACUGGUGGUGCUGCUCCCUGUGUAUGUGUUGGACAGUCGGCAGGUUGAGGUGCGGAUUAAGAGGAGAGAGAGCAGUGUUUCUGUAAGAAGUUAAUCCACAAAGCAAUCCCACCAUCAGAAUUACCCCGACGUUGGCCUGUGUCGGCUGUAAGAGUUGCCUCAUUUCUCACUGAGAUUUUAGCCCCACUGCGUUUGAUCAUUCACGAGAUCAACUUGCAGAGUUUUCCUUUUGAAGAUCAAAGAGAAUUUUCAAUGACCAAACGGACAUUUAUCGGCUUUUGGGGAAUUGAACUAGCAUGACAGGCACAGUUGCUUCCAUAAGGAUUCGGGCAGUGAUAAUUUAUGAGUUUGCUUUUUUACACCACCACAGUGAAUUUGUAAUGUAGCCACGAAUGAAGUAUAUAUAUAUAUAAACUAGCAAUGGCUUCCAAUUUCCAAAUUUCAUUUUCAUAGGCUCAACAGAGAAAAUAACAUUACUAUAAAAUGUAAUAUUCAAUGCUUGGAUAUUGCUGUCAACAACGGUCUGUGGAUCAUUGAGAUUAUUAGUAUUAGUUUUGCAGAGAUUGGGGGAAUCUGAGCAGAGGAUAUAAAUCUACUGUAGCCCCAACACAAUUUCCUCCUGCUGCAUCACCAACAAACACCAGUAAGCUCCUGUCCCUCCAUCAUCCUGCAAGUCCUGCCUGGUUUCAUCGGUUUCACAGCUGCAUGGGCAGAGGCAAAACACUGUCUUUAAUCUCAAUAUGAAAAUAACCAUUUAAAAUAGGUUUAAUGAGGCAACCCCGACAACAACACGAGUCUUUAGAAGGCUCAGGGGAUGGGUUGCUUUUGUUUCACACGCACUCCCUCACUCUGUCACUUUUGACUCCACAUGUACACUAUCACCCCACACUCACAUAUCCACGGUCUGUAACACCUUGUGGAGAAGAACAGUGUUUGAAGCUCAGUUAGGAUCUGCUAGUGGUCUCUGUGCUGAGCUGUUUGAGGCUAUAUUUGUCUGACUGUUGUUAUGGGGAAGCUGUUGAUGUGUUCUCCUCUCAGGGACCCCCCACCACCACCACAUGCCAUCACCCCCACCCCCACCUGUCCAGAGUUAUUCUGCUCCACUUUGAUUAGUUUGACACACCUGACAAGCACAGAUCUGUCAUUCAUGUGAACUUAAAGCAUCAUUUUGACUGUUUGGCCAAAGUGUAACAUAAAGGAGACGAGGAUUACUUUUAACAUAAGAUGAUGCAAAAGAAUUUGAGAAAUAAGUUCAAGUUGCUUCCUCUUCUCAUCGGUCACAUCACAUUUUGCUUUUCUGUUUUUAAAGUUACUCACUAAAUGAUUAGUCUUCCGAUACAAAGAGCAUGAUUUCAAAGAUGUCCACAUGUGACAGAGCACUAAAGGGAAAAUCCGCUAAGAAUAACCCAACACAAGCAACGUUGUGCUUCACACUCAAACACGCUGGUAUUUGGAACAUAGACAACCUCAUUAUGAAUGUUUUUCUUAACACAAAAAUUACUAAAAUUUUCUACAAAGAUAAAGAAUAUCGCUCAAUAAUUGAAUCUUAAACUGCAUUCAUAGAACACAUUGGAAAUGAAUGUUCACUGAUGUGGGUGCUUGUAAUUUACAAUCACAGUCCAGGUUUGUGUUUAAUUACCUCCGAUAAGGAAGUUCUGUUUUCACCCCCUGUCUGUUUAAGUUUACACAGAAACAACUGAAUGCAUUUACCAUCACACUUGGUGGUAGGCUGUGGUUUGAGUCAGGGAAGAACUCACUUAGAUUUUGUUGCAGAUCUGAAUCAGGGGGUGGAUCCAGUAUUUUUUUCACCUUCUUUAAAAUUAAGAGGGAGAACUUUUCACAGCUAUCCCAGGGAAAUAUUCCUGGUUCUUUAAGAAUAUUUAUGUUUGGAAUUUGUUUCUGCUUGAUUGAAUUUAACUGUUGGUGCAGGUAUGUGCUCUACCAAGAGUCAUCCUAGUUAACAGAACUAAAUUUAAAGACAUGAUAAUCAGUGUGCAGCCAAAAAAUGAAAUGAGACCUGAAUCCCAGUGAAACCUCUGACUGACCAGUUGAUCCGGUUGUUUUAGGAGAGUCAGACUCCAUACAGCCACUAUGUGGGUGGGACUGUUAUACAUAUUUAAAAAAAAAAAAAAAGAAACUAUCCAUCAUCAGUUAUAGCAAUGUGGGAAGAAUAUAUUUUAUAUUGUAUUAAAAGUUUUUGAAAAUGUAGUUUUCAGCUGAAAUCAAUGUAAUGUUUUGACUUUGAGUUAAUUUAAUAUCUCUAAAACUUUCUGUUGAAUAAUAAAUAAUGAAAUGCUGAACAUUCUGCCACCGGCACACUCCUCAUACUAACAACAGUUUGAGGGGAAGGGCCUGUAGAAGUCAUUUGGGUGGAUUUUCUCUUUAGUUGGAUUUCUGAUUGGCCCAGUCAGUCGUUGGUGGCUGACUUAUGUGUUGACGCUCAUGUGUUGUACAGGUGCAGUGCUGUGUGUCAUGACAGUGUGCGAAUGUGUCAUAUCAACAGAAAACACAUCACUGUGCAGGCGCUGUGCUGCAGGUUUCACGUCACACAGGUUUGUUUCCUUUCACACUCAUGUUAUGGUUGUUAGUGAUUGUUGUGUUUUUACGUUUUGAUUUCCACAAGUUUUCUUACAUGAAGAUUUCUUAGUCAUUUGUUACUGUGUGCUGUACCUCGUGUAUUUUCUUUAUGAAUUACUGUAUAUUUGUAAAUAUAUUAACCAUUAAAAUUUUUUCUAUAAAGCAAAA